GUAAAAUUUGUUUUGGAAAGAAUAAAUAUUUUAAUUUAAAAAAAAAAAUGUUUAGUUCAAGUUUGGUGUUAAUUUUUAGUUGUGCUAUUAACUUUUUAAAUGCAGGAGAUGUGUUUCCACCAGCAGAAUUAAUGGAAGAAAUUGUGGCUCCAUUACAUGAAAUGUGCACAACACGGUUAUCCAAAACUGAUGCUGAUGUUGCGUCGUAUAAUAUUGAAACAAAUAAACCUGAUAUGAAGUGUUACAUGAAAUGCUUAAUGCUGGAAAGUAAGUGGAUGAAAGAAAGUGGACAAAUUGAUUAUGAUUUUAUUAUAUCAAAUGCUCAUCCAAGUGUUAAGGAUAUUCUUUUAGCUGCUAUUGAUAAAUGUAUGCAUGUAGAAUAUAAUGAUGAUUUAUGCGAACAUGCAUACAACUUCAAUGUUUGCUUACAUAAUGCAGAUCCAGUGCAUUAUUUCCUUCCAUAAUUUGAAUGGAUCUAGUAUUAAUAAAUAUAUUAUUUGCACUUAUUGUAUUGUGUUGCGCUAUAUAUUAUGUAAUUUGCCUUUUCAAUUAUAGAAUAAAAAUAUAAUUAUAUUGUUAA